UCGGACAGCUCGGCCUCUGCCGCUUCGGUUUUGACGCAAGCCCCGCAACUUCUUCCCCGCAGCUCCUACUGCUUGCUUUACUCGGUGAAAUCAGUUUGGGCUCAGGACACCCAGAAGCGAGUCACUGCAGAGGCCAUCACGCGUGUCACAGGUCACUCCCAGAACCUCUUGUUAUGUGAACCCCCCCCCCCUCAACUCGUUACCUGCUGCUGCGCCACUCUUCCGUGGAGGAUGCGCACUCGACGCGCAAUGGCCACGGACGCUUCUGUUACCGCAAACACUCGUCUUCAAAUGGACUAUGAGACGAAGAUUUUGCCUCACGCCGGCGGCUAUGGACGCUAUAACCGAAUCGUGGUCGUAUUUAGCUGGUUCCCCAACCUGGCGGUCAUGCUGAAUCUAUUUAGCGACGUUUUUUACAGCCUAAUCCCGGACUCGUACCACUGCAAACCCGACCCGCAGCUCCUUCCCUCGACUUUCCUCCUCAGCAACUUCUCCAGACAGGGAUACCUCGACCUGGCCAUCCCCUGGGUGAACGGAACCGGGCUAAGCCACUGCGAACUCUUUAAGUACCCACCCAACACCUCGGACCUGUCCGAAAAUGUGCCCCGGGAGAGGGUGCCCUGCACCAAAGGGUGGGAGUACGCCCAGGCAGCGGGGCUCCAGAGCAACUUUGUCACCGAGUGGAACCUUGUUUGCAGUGACUACUGGAAAAUCCCUUUGCAGCAUAUUUGCUUCAUGACGGGAUGGAUUCUGGGAUAUAUCUUCCUUGGUACAUUGUGCGACUGGUUGGGUCGUCGGCGAGGUUUCCUCCUCUCCAUCAGUCUGUCCAGUCUGUUAGGGGUCGCGCUGUGUUUUUCCAGCAGCGUUGUGGUGUUUCUGCUGCUGCGUCUCUCUCAAGGCGCCAUGCUCGCUGGGGUGUUUGUGUCCUCGUACAUUGCCAGGUUGGAGCUGUGUGACCCUCCCCAUCGUCUCAUGGUUGCCAUGGUCAGUGGCUUCUUUGCCGUGUUCGCGGAGCUGCUGUUGCCGGGCAUCGCUGUUCUGUGCCGUGAUUGGCCCAUUCUCCAGGCUGUGGCCACUUUGCCUCUGCUCCUGCUGCUGUCCUAUUGGUGCUGUGCGUCAGUGUUUCCCGAGUCUCCCCGCUGGCUGCUGGCCACAGCUCAGAUCCCUCAGGUGAAGAGGAGCCUCCAGGAGUUCUCCAUCAGAAAUGGCGUUUGUCUGCGAGAUGAACUCUACCCUGGUGAAACCCUGCUGUCAGAGAUAGAUUCAGCGUUCGGAGAAGACUGUCAACCAAGGUACUAUUCAGUGCUGGAGCUGCGUCAGACUCGUGUUAUCUGGAAGAACUGCCUCAUCCUCAGCUUCACUCUGUUCAUUGGAACAGGAAUCCAGUACUGUUUCACCAGAAACCUGCACAGUUAUUCCACCAACUUCUACUUCAGCUACUUUCUCAGAGUGAUAACUGGAGCACUGGCCUGCAUCUUCAUCUGUGUAUCUGUCAAUCACUUUGGUCGGCGUGGUAUUCUUCUGCUUUCGGCCAUCAUCACUGGACUGUCGUCGCUGCUGCUGCUGGCCCUCACUCAGUACCUGCGUGGAGGCCUGGUGUUGGUGCUGUCUGUCGUGGGUCUGCUGUUUUCUCAGGCUCUCGCCAUGCUCAGUGUGUUCUUCGCGUGUGAGGUGAUGCCAACUGUAGUUCGAGGCGGCUGCCUCGGCCUGGUGCUGGCAGCGGGUUGUGUCGGCAUGGCCGCCUCCUCCCUGAUGGAGCUCCAGAAUAACAGUGGCUACUUCCUCCACCAUGUCAUCUUCGCCUCCUUCGCCGUCCUCUCCGUUCUCUGCAUAAUGCUCCUGCCUGAAAGCAAACGCAAGCCGCUCCCAGACUCCCUGAAGGAGGGCGAGAGCCAGCGACGACCGCCUCUCUUUCUGUCCCGGCCCGACAGGGACAACCUGCCUUUACUGUGUGCCCGGCCCCCUUUGUCGGAGUACAACCCUGAUAACUAUUCCCGCUUGGUUUCUGCCACCAGGAGGAUGUUGACUAAAGAUAAUUUGCCUUAUAGGAUCGCUGUGCCAACUCAUUCCCCUUUGCUGUCAGACAGUGAAACACAGGAGCAAGAGCACGAGGCACUGAGUGAGGUCGUAUCUUAAGAACCUCCUUAUCCCUCCUCUGUACAGACUU